AUGGGCCAGUUUGACUGGUUUUCCAAAAUCGGCGCCACCAAGGAGGCCGUCGCCACCCUCAACGACCAGCCCGUCCUCUUCUUCAUCCUGCUCGCCGUCCUCGCUACCCUCGGUAUAGAAAUCACCCUGAUGUGGCUCAUCCACCACGCUACUCUCAAGCCCGAACAGAAAAAGAAGAAGGAGAAGGGCGGCAAGAAGCCACCUGCAAAGAAGUAG